CUUUAUAUCUUUCAAUUCGACGAAUAACAAAUGGGACUUUUAAGGUAUUCAAACAUUCAAGUUUGUACACUUGCAGUAACAAUUUCUGUUUUUAUAGCAGCAGCAUCUGCAGGAAGUUUUUACGAUGACAUAGAUAUCACUUUUGGCGGUGAACGUGCUAAAAUACAAAAGGGCGGUCAGGAUCUCUCGCUUUCGCUCGAUCAAUACUCUGGCUCUGGUUUCCAGUCCAAACACGAGUACCACUUCGGAAGGUUUGAUAUGCAGCUCAAACUAGUUCCUGGCAACUCUGCUGGCACUGUCACCACAUUCUACUUGUCGUCACAAGGGGCGGGACAUGAUGAGAUAGACUUUGAGUUUUUGGGCAACUCAAGCGGAAAUCCUUACACUGUCCAUACCAAUGUGUAUUCACAAGGGAAAGGAAAUAAAGAACAGCAGUUCCACCUAUGGUUUGACCCGACUGCAGCCUUCCAUACGUAUACCAUCAUAUGGAACUCUCAAAGAAUCAUCUUUUUGAUAGAUAACAUACCAGUAAGAGUGUUCAACAACCAUGAAGCUGCUGGAGUCCCAUUUCCCACAAAGCAGCCCAUGAGAGUGUACGCCAGCCUUUGGAACGCGGAUGACUGGGCAACCCAAGGUGGCCGUGUGAAGACUGACUGGACAAAAGCUCCUUUCACGGCAUCCUACAGGAAAUUUAAUGCAAAUGCCAUCAGAGUUGGUCAGAAUUCAAAAUCCACAAGCUCUGAAAAUGACAACCAGGCAUGGAAAACACAAGAGAUCGAUGCAUCUGGGCGAAACAGGAUUAGAUGGGUGCAAAACAAACACAUGAUCUACAACUACUGUAGUGAUCACAAACGGUUUCCCAAUGGUCUUCCUACUGAAUGCAAGAGCUCAAGAUUCCUCUGAUCGGGAUAUUUAUUUGCUAAACUGUUUAUUAUGUUGUAAAUGAUCUCUUCUCCAAAAUUGUUUAUUCUUUUAUUUAUUGCGUUCUGUGAUUUUAAUAGAUA